AUGUCCAAAUGGUACCAAUAUCUGAACAGCCCUUCUCAUGAUUGCCUGUUAUAUACCGGCUGCAAGGAAGCUGGAAAGAGUUCUGUUGAUUAUUCAGGGUUUGAUUUCUCAAAGUGGCAUCUACGCACUAAUAAUGACAAUUGUAAGGAUGCAGAGAUCUGGAGAAAUGCAACCAAGCCAACUGAGAGACAGUGUCUUGAAGUUGCAUAUGGUAUUUGCUGGUCAAAACUGCAGCAUCUUCAGUACUUUGACAUUGUCUACUGCAUGAUCAUUGAUCCCAUGCACAAUCUUUUCUUAGACACUGCCAAAAGAAUGAGGGAGAGAUGGAUUGCAGAUGGAUUAAUUGACAAUAAAAAACUUGUUGUCAUGCAAAAGACUGUUGAGAAGGUAGUGUUGCCACCCGAUUACACAUCACUUGGGACAAAGAUUGCAAAGGGAUUUCCCUAUAUGAAGGCUGAUGAGUGGAAGUCUUGGUGCCUUGUGUAG